CACCGUCGUCCCGUAGGCACCAGAUGGUUCAGCUGGCAUAGAGACACGACGCCACGGCACACGACGUCUUGUCGUGGCUCACUGUGAGCGGGGGGAAGCGGGGAAGCGUCAGUUGACAUUCUGCUCGAUGGAGGCUGCGUCGUGUCCACGACGAUGGGGGCCUCGCUGCCUGCAGAUUCUGUUGCUCGGCAGCAUGUUGUACGCUACACUGACUCUGGGCUGGGUCAUUUGCAGUGUACACUCGACUGGUAGUCAGGGAGACGCUGCGUCAAUGGAGUUUGCUUCAGUUUUCGAGAAAAUGCAUCAUCCAGUUAUGAACGCGCUGCAAAAGAUCAAGGACAAAGUGGAGGAGAUCCAGCGCACGCCUUCUCCGCAGGAGCUAGAGGCGGUGGAGCACGCACGCUCCGUUCCGAACCUUCCGAGCAGGGACAUGCAGUGGAAAAAUAUUACAUGUAUUGGGUGGCGAGCUACAGGUAAUUGCAAGCCCGAUGGACCACGAGAGAUCGCGAAUGAUUUAACCUGUGACGAACUAGUUCCUGAUGGAAGCUCUGGGUACUGUGAGGUUCAGGACGUGAACACAGGAAAGCGAUUUCGUGUCAUGCGACGAACGUGCGCGAAAUACAAGAAAUCGCAGGUUUUUCGAUGCGCCGAUGCUCAUCAGUUCGUAAACUACCACAUCGAAGCGCUCACUGCCGUCAAAUCUGCGAUGGGAUCGGAUUUCGCGCUACCCAACGUCCAGACUGACAGCCAUGGUCAAGAUGGAAUCGUCAUGGUGGUGUAUCCCAAAUUAAUCGCUAGUGCGUAUGCUACUAUCCGCACUCUGCGUGACGUGCUGGGCUGUCGUCUUCCCAUCGAAAUUUGGUUCCGACAGGACGAGAUUGAUCGAGUACCGAGAUCCCUCAUUCCGCUUCAGCAACUAGCACAGAAUGAGACUGUAAGCAAGAUUAUUUUUCGAGAGAUCAACGACUCACAGGCUGUUCGAUUCGGAGCCAAGAUAUUUGCGCUUUACAAUAGCGGAUUUGAGCGUAUCCUGUUUCUCGACGCUGAUAACGUGCCUGUGCGAGACCCGGCGUAUUUGUUCAAGUCACCUGAAUUUGAGAAGACUGGUGCUGUCUUCUGGCCGGAUUACUGGAACCCGCACUAUACAAUUUUCCACCUCCAUGAAGACUCGUUACUGUGGGAACUUCUCGACAUGCCAUACGUCGACAUGUUUGAGCAAGAAAGCGGACAAAUGCUAAUCGAUCGACGAAGGCACGCUGCACCGCUCGAGCUUGUACGCUUCUUUGCGUUCCACCAGCCAAAUCCCAUUGAAAAGCUCAAGCUUCUAUGGGGUGACAAAGACCUUUUUCGCUUUGCCUGGAUCAAGUUGACUGUGCCCUUCUACAUGAUCCAAACACCACCCGCUGUCGCGGGCACAGUGAACGGUACAUCAUUUUGUGGCAUGACAAUGGUACAGCAUGAUGCGAAGGGCGAUGUAGUAUUCCUACACCGCAACGCGAAGAAACUCACGGGUGAAGUUUUGUAUAAGCCUGUGAACUACCACAUUGAGGCCAGGAAACGAAUCAGGUCGAGGUGGAACAAGCAGGGGAUUUACAAGAUUCCAACGGAGGAUGAAGUGGUCGCAGAGCUUAAAAUUAUGAAGAAGACGCUGCCACCAACUCUUGAGCCUCCCGAACCCGACGGGAUCGCGGACCAAAUCAUUUGGACGCAUAUGCUAUCGUUUCGCAACGACGCGCCUCGCUUGGAGUACAAGGUCAAGUCGUUCUCUGCACCACCCCACUUCCCAGAGAAGCAGAUGUGUUACGGUGAGCGCGAGUUCGGGAGAAGCAAGUAUUUCGAUAUGCAGAGUUUCACUGAGCUGAGUUUUUCAGGUCUAGAAACACAUGUGAGGCGGUUUGCCAUGGAAGCAGCGCAGAUUCGCCACGGUUAACAACGUGAACAAGUACACAUACAAUGUAGUAUGUCAUACUUUAAUUAAUUUAUUAACCCUUCGUGAAAUGAAACAUGGGCACGCCGAUGUUACAACGUACUUGUACAUACUUAAGCA